AGGGGACCUGAGCCAUGUCUGUCAGGCUUGGGCAAAAAGAGGAUGCCAGAAUGGCAGGCCCUGCACUGGCCUCUGAGAUCGUGGGCGGCCGGUCAGCUCGGCCCCAUGCCUGGCCCUUCAUGGUGUCCCUGCAGCGUCGGGGCGGCCACUUCUGCGGGGCCACCCUGAUCGCCCCCAACUUCGUGCUGUCGGCUGCACACUGCAUGAACGGCGUGAACUUCCGGUCGGUGCAGGUGGUACUGGGUGCCCACAACUUGAAGCGGCGAGAACGCACGCGACAGACCUUUGCCAUCCAGCGCGUCUUCGAGAACGGCUUCGACCCCAUAUUCCUGCUGAACGACAUCGUGGUCCUGCAGCUCAACGGGUCGGCAACCAUUAACAAGAACGUGCAGGUGGCCCGGCUGCCGGCCCAGGGCGACGGCGUGGGCAACGGCGCACGGUGCCUGGUCAUCGGCUGGGGCCGGCUGGGCACGCACCGGCGGCUGUCCCGCGUCCUGCAGCAGCUGAAUGUGACCGUGGUGACCUCGCUGUGCCGCAGCAGUAACGUGUGCACGCUGGUGCGGCGCCGGCAGGCUGGCAUCUGCUUUGGGGACUCCGGUGGACCCCUGAUCUGCAAUGGGCUGGUGCAGGGCGUCGACUCCUUCGUACGUGGCGGCUGCGCCUCAGGGGUCUACCCCGACGGCUUCGCCCCGGUGGCACAGUUCUCCGACUGGGUCAACUCCAUCAUCCAUGCCAGGGACCUCAUGGACAGGCCCCGCUGAGCCCCCGCGUGGCUGCUGCCCCCUCCCAAGUGCUUGACACAAUAAAAGCCCCCCUUG